AGGCGCAAACAAACAAGAAUCCUACCAUGGCAACAGCAACAACCGGUGGUGCCUUCGUGCUGAUUGUGGCGCUAUUAAACGUGACUUUAGCGGACAAGUUAAAGUACAAAGCGUCCACAAAACCUGUAAGGUUAUUCACCGAAGAGGAACUCCGGAGGUAUGACGGCAACCGCGAGGGCGAACCCAUCUACUUGGCGAUAAAAGGGGUGGUGUUCGACGUGACCAAAGGAAAAGAGUUUUACGGCAAAGACGCGCCUUACAACGCUCUGGUGGGCAAGGACUCCACUCGAGCCGUGGCCAAGAUGUCGCUCGAGGCAGAAGACCUAACGUCGGAUACCUCGGGCCUGACGGCGGAGCAGCUGCGGUCCCUGGAGAGCGUCUUCGAGGGCACGUACAAAGCCAAGUACACCAUCGUGGGGUACACGGCUGCACGCAUCCUCAACCAGGACGGGAGUCCCAACGAGGACUUCAAGCCGGAGGACCAGCCGCACUUUAAUAUCAAAGAUGAGUUUUGACCUCAUCUCCCCCCUUUUCUAAUUUUGAAUUUAUUAGCAUUGUUAGGAUGAUGCUGUUGCUGUAUGUUAAGAAACACACUUGACGUGUACAUUUGAAACGUGAUGACUGACUUCUAUUGAAUAAACACACCAAGCACUUUGAAGAAAAAAAACAAAUAUA